UAUCAGCAACGUUCUGUUGGCAGUUCGUUUCUGGUUGUUUGUUAUUUUGUCUACCCUGUCUAUUAAUCACGGAAGAUAUUUAACUUUAUAUAUUUCAUAUAGGUUACUUUUAGAUAAUUUUAUCACAUGGACAUUCAGGAAGUGUCAGGAUCACCUGAGAGCAUCCGUAAGUCACCAGAUCGCUAUAACUCUCUGUCUUACAGUCUCUCGAGCGGUCCUUUUGUAUCACGCAGCCAACCGGUGGGUAUGUCCCGCCCUCCCCUCCCGUCCCGCAACGUGGGGAACUACCUGUUGUAUGAUCCGCUGCAGGAAAACGUACUCAGAGCUGCGAAUGCUCACAGCGGCGAGGAGUUGGUGUGCAAGGUGAUUCCUGUCUCUCGGUACCGGGAGGUUCUGUGUUCCUACUACUGCCUGCCCCCCCACCCCAACAUAAUUGAGAUGCGUGAUGUGGUUGUCGGGGACGCCCAUGCCUACUUGUUCUUCCCACGUUCCUACGGGAACCUAGGGGUGAUGCUCCAGGCCCGGCGGCUACCAGAGGACACAGCCAGAUACCUGUUCCGCCAGCUGGUGUCGGCUGUGGCACAUUGCCAUAACAAUGGACUAGUCCUCAGAGACCUCAAGCUGAACAAGUUUGUCUUCAAGAACAAGGAGAGGUGUGUGUGCAGAGCAGCCUGGUGACCUAGAGGCCGGAGAGGGAGCAUACGUGACAAAUAGCUUCUUAGCAAAGAACAAUUUCUCAAGCAAAAAUGUUGCUAGGACUAUUUGGGAGUGGUCUAAGUAGGAGGGGAAAACUGAAAACUAGCUGUUAUUGGCAAAGAGGUUUGGAACUCUCUUUCUUAUUGGUCUAUUAACUAAUUUACUGCCUGUUGAUGUCACCAGGCAGGCCAAAACUCCAUCCCACCAAAACAGGCUGAGAUGUCAAGGUGCUAAAAGGGCAUUGGGUCCCCCUGGAGGUCAGGGACCCUGGGCACAUGCCCUGCGUGCCUGUAUUCGGCCAUGAUUAAUACACAUUUAGGCAGACUAAUUUACCAAUGUAAGAAUUGUUAGCUGACAUGGCUAAUUGAGUUACUGUCAGUGACUGACAUACUGUAACAACAGAAAAACUGCUGAUGCACAACCAGUUUUGCUCGAUUUCGAAAUUGCAUCUUGUGUAUUCUACAU